AUGAAGAGCGCUGGAGCAUGGAGGAGAGCAGAGGGAGCAGGAGCAGGUGCAGGAGCAAGAGUAGGAACAGGAGCAGGAGCAGGAGCAGGAGCAGGAGCAGGAGGAGCAGGUGCAGGAGCAGGAGCAGGAGCAGGAGCAGGACAAAGAGCAGGAGCAGGACGAAGAACAAGAAGAGAAAGGCGAGAAGGAGGAGCAGGAGCAGCAAAAGGAGCAGGAGCAGGAGCAGGAGCAGGAGCAGGGGGAGAAGGAGAACGAGAAGGAGAAGGAGCAGGAGCAGGAGCAGGGGGAGAAGGAGAACGAGAACGAGAACGAGAAGGAGAAGGAGAAGGAGAAGGAGAAGGAGAAGGAGAAGGAGGAGGGGGGGAGGGAAAGGAGGAGGUAGAGAAGGAAGGGAGAAAAGACUUCAGGAUCCAACUGAACGAAAAUUAUGAAAAAGAGAGGAAGGAAGGUGGGGUAGAAGGUAGGAGAACAAGAAACAAAGAGGAAGAAGCAGGAGCAGGAGCAGGAGCAGGAGCAGGAGAAGAAGAAAAAAGAGCAGGAGCAGGAGCAGGAGCACGACCACGAGCAGGAACAGGAGCAGGAGCAGGAGCAGGAGCAGGAGCAGGAGCAGGAGCAGGAGCAGGAACUUACUAG